ACAACAACUUUAUUGCUCCGCCGGUUCCCGGGCGGCAUGGAGGCGGCGGCGAAUUGCUCCCUUCGCGUCAAGCGGCUGCUCUUGGACCCCAAGUUCGAGGGAUACAAGUUGUCGCUGGAGCCGCUGGCCUGUUACCAAGUGGGCCUGGACUCCCCGGUAGCAGAAGUCAAACUCCGGGAUGAUCAGUAUACCCUGGAUCACAUGCGUGCCUUUGGCAUGUACAAUUAUCUACACCUGGAUCCCUGGUACCAAGAUAAUGUUUAUUAUGUUGAUCAACUUGGAAGAGUCAUGAAUUUAAGCAUUACUCUGGACACUGCCUUAAAAAAGCCCAGAGAAGUAUUCAGGCUUCCUGCAGACUUGAUAGCUUGUGAUAAUCGCCUUUGUGCAUCUGUACACUUCACAUCUUCUACCUGGGUUACGCUUUCAGAUGGAACAGGAAGGCUGUAUCUGAUUCGAACAGGAAAACGUGGUGAUGGCUCAUGUGAAAAGUGGGAAAUACUAUUCAAUGAAGAAUUCGGGAGUCCCUUUGUUAUAGUCCACAGCAUCUCCUUUCUGCAAUCUGAUGCUCAUUCAGUUGGCGUACUGCUCCUUCGCGUAGAAAAAGAUGAAUUGGAUGUACAAGGCAGUGGCUUCCAUGUUUCCUUGGAAUGGGUCACAAUUACAAAAACAACCAAGGAGAGUGACCAUGGGUACGAAAUCUCCAAGCGUCGAGUUCUUCAAGGAAAGUCAGUUCCGCAUUAUGCCGCUAUAGAGCCAAGUGGCGAUGGCCUGAUGGUUAUUUCGUACAAGCCCUAUUCUCUCACACAGAAUGGUGAGGAUAAGCAUGACAAAAGUGAAAAGGAGAAAGCAGAGGAAAACAAAAAAGAACCUCUCUACUACUGGCAAGAGACCGAAGAUGAUUUGACAGUUACUUUUCAGCUGCCAGAAGACUUUGCCAAAGAGGACAUUCGAGUCCGCUUUUCUCCAGACCAUCUCAGUGUCGCGCUGAAAGAUCCCCUCAGCCCUGUAUUAGAAGGAACGCUUUUUUCAUCGAUUGAUCACGAGAGCUCCACGUGGAUAGUUAAAGAAAAUAAUAGCUUGGAGAUUUUCCUGAUUAAGAAGGAAGUGGGACCUUUAUGGCCAGAACUGAUAGUUGGUGACUCUCGGGGGGAAUAUGUCAUGGAUCCAGCCAAGAGUGCCUCAAUAGCUGAGCGCCUGACGCAUCUAACCUCUGAUGAAAUGAAUCCAGACCCUAACAAAGAGAACCCUCCAUGCAAUGCCCAGGAGCUAGAAGAAUGCGACAUUUUUCUCGAAGACAGCACAAGUCUGUGCAGAUUUGAUGGUAACACCUUCAAUGUCACCCAUGUGGUGAAUCUUGGAAGCAACCAGUACCUCUUCUCAACGGUGGUGGAUCCCAAGGAAAUGCCAUGCUUCUGCUUACGCCAUGAUGUCGAUGCUCUUCUCUGGCAGCCACGCCCAGAUCAGCAGGACAAAUGGGAGCACAUUUCAACCUUCAAUGCCUUAGGUUAUGUGCAAGCAUCAAAGCAAGACAAGAAAUUUAUGGCCUGUGCCCCAAAUCACUCCUAUUCUGCCCUUUGCGAGUGCCUGCGACGCGUGUUCAUCUAUCGGCAGCCGACUCCUCUGUCUACUGUCCUCUACAACAGGAAGGAAGGAAGACAAGUCGGCCAAGUUGCAAAGCAGUUGGUAGCGACUCUUGAAACCCAUGACCCCGUUCUGGGGUUCCAGGCAACCAACGAGAGAUUGUUCGUUCUGACAACGAAAGUGCUCUUCAUAAUAAAAGUGAGCACUGAGAACUAAUGACCAAACGUAUCGCGUUAUCGUUGCAUUCAAAAUUGGCUCAAAUAGUGACUGCAUAA